AGCUGCCCCCUCUCUGUCUACUCAACUCCCACACCAUCGGACCUCAGCACUUUCGCCAAUCCCCACUAUCUCUCUCUCCCUAAUUACACCCACCUCUCUCUCCAUCUCUCUCGGGAAAAUGUGUUUACCGUAAAUCAACCCCACCCCUUCUACUUCCCUCACCACCUCUCUAUAUAUACACUUUCACAAUCACUCAACUUAAACACACAAACAAUCCAACCACAUUUUGAUUUUCAGCAACCAUGUCUUACAACAACUACAAUCCGUCGUAUCCUCCACUCCCAACUCGUCUCCAUCGACCCCAAAGUAGGCCCCACCCUCCUCCACAACACAACCCCUCCGAUCAUCUCUCCGACAAUCUCUCCCAACUCAGCCUCAACUCCGGCAACUCAAACGUCAUCAACUUCGACGCAUACGAGGACAUUCCGGUCGAAGCCACCGGCUCCGACAUUCCCCCGCCGGUGAACACAUUCGCCGAGAUUCAGCUAGGGAAAGCACUGGAUGACAACAUAAGGAGAUGCAAGUACGUGAAGCCCACGCCCAUUCAGCGCCACGCCAUUCCGGUUGCUCUGGCCGGACGGGACUUGAUGGCGUGCGCUCAGACCGGCUCCGGCAAAACGGCGGCGUUUUGCUUCCCCAUCAUCAGUGGGAUUUUGAAGCAGAAUGGAGCAAUGGGGUUUGGGGGUGGUCGGAAAAUCAGGGUGGCGUCUCCGCUUGCUCUUAUCAUGUCUCCUACUAGGGAACUUUCUUCUCAGAUACACGAUGAAGCAAAGAAAUUUUCUCAUCAGACUGGUGUCAAGGUUGUGGUUGCGUAUGGUGGGGCACCAAUUAAUCGUCAGUUGCAAAAUUUGGAAAGAGGAGUUGAUAUAUUGGUAGCGACCCCGGGGCGUUUGGUGGAUAUGAUUGAAAGAGAGAGAGUCUCUCUCAAAAGGAUAAAGUAUCUGGCUUUGGAUGAGGCUGAUAGAAUGUUGGACAUGGGGUUUGAACGUCAGAUACGUCAAAUUGUUCAAGAAAUGGGGAUGCCACCACCAGGUGCAAGGCAAACAUUGCUCUUUAGUGCAACAUUUCCAACCGAGAUCCAGAGGCUUGCAUCAGAUUUUCUUUCAAAUUAUAUAUUUUUAAGUGUUGGAAGAGUUGGUUCAAGCACUGAACUGAUUGAUCAAAGGGUUGAGCUGGUCCCAGAUAUGGACAAAAGAAGUCGACUGAUGAAUAUACUAAAGGAUCAAAGAACAAAUGGCAUGGAUAGCAAGCUUGCUUUGACAUUAGUUUUUGUGGAGACAAAAAGAGGUGCAGAUGCGCUUGAACACUGGUUGUGUAGGAGUGGUUUCCCAGCUACGGCAAUUCAUGGUGACAAAGUCCAAAUGGAAAGAGAAAGGGCCUUAAGAUCAUUCAAAACGGGUACUACCCCUAUACUGGUGGCUACUGAUGUUGCUGCAAGAGGUCUUGAUGUUCCUCAUGUCACCCAUGUUAUCAACUUUGAUUUGCCAAAAGACAUUGAUGAUUAUGUUCAUAGAAUUGGAAGAACAGGCAGAGCGGGCAAGUCUGGUUUGGCAACAGCAUUCUUCAGUGAGAAAAAUUCCCCUCUAGCUAAGGCCCUAGCUCAGUUAAUGCAAGAAUCCAAUCAACAAGUACCUUCCUGGCUUACUCAAUAUGCAGAAACAUCCUCAUCUUAUGGUAAUGGCCGUUCACAUCAUCGCAAAGGUAGCAAGUUUGGUGGUCAUGACUUCAGAAGUUCAUCAAAUAAUGGGGGAGGCAGCAGGUAUGAUAGUUAUGGCAGCGGCAACAAUGAUUAUAAUGCAAGCAACAGCAGCUAUAAUGAUUAUAAUGCAAGCAACAGCGGCUAUAAUGAUUAUAAUGCAAACUACAUCGGCUAUACUGAUUAUAAUGCAAACUACAGCGGCUAUAAUAAUUAUAAUGCGAGCACUGGUCCUGCGGAUUACAUGUAUAAUUAUUCUGGCACUAAUACUGGUAAUUCUACGUAUUCUGAAUAUUCUGGCAAAGACUUCGGUGCUGCUGGUGGCGGUAGUGAUAAUUAUGCUGGUGGUGCACCAGGGUACGAGUCAAUCGUUCCUACUGGUUGGGAUUAGUUGGUCUCCGGAUAUAACUUUUGUAUCUACUAUGGAUGCAUUGGUAGAAUGAAGUUUAACCCUUAAAUGGUUUUGGACAAGCUGCUAGUUUUAUGAAUUCUAUUGAUCAAUUUUUGGAUUUUAAAAGUUGUAGCCAAUGCCGAUUAGUUCCAAUUUUUGAAGUGUAAUGCAACUUAACAUUGUUGGGGAAUAGAUGUUUUGCUUAUUGAAGAAUAGUUUAUGCCAUU